AUCCUUCAAUGCGGUUUGGUGGCAUCCCCCACUGGCCCCUAGCUGCCCUCUGCGCCUUGCCCCUCCCUCUCUCUCUCUCUCUCUCUCGCUGCGCGUGUGGAGCCCCGUGGAGGCGGGGAGGCAGGCAAGGCAUGGCCGCAUGGGGCGACGGCCCGGCCGGGUGCGCACCCCAAACCGGCUGCCUCCCCACCUACAUAAAACCCCUUGGCAGUUUUGCAGCAGCGAGAAGAGAACCUCCAGCUACCUGCAGCUCCGAGCCUUUACCCGCUUUGACUCCACUCUACCACUCCACUGUUGCUCGUCUGCCCGCUGCAUCCGGGCUCCGGCUCCUCCGGCCUCUUCCCCAGCGCACGCCUAGCCUAGGUAGCUCCAUCCGUCCGCACGUCAAAGAGACCCUCACUUCCUCGUUAAGCCUGCCGCGCCCGCGCGCCGCCGCAGCGUCAUCUUUCGUCGCGGUCGGCCGGCGGGCCCUGAUCCUGCUGCUUGUGCCGUGCGCGGCGGCAGCAUGAGGGCGAGGCGAUGGUCUCGCGCGGCGCUGCUCGCGUGCUUAGUGCUCCUCGCGGCCGCGUGCGCCGCCGAGUCGCGCGCGGUGCCCGGCGCCAGCGGCAAGGCGGCCGCGGCCGCGGACGGCGGGAGGCGGACCGCGUUCGACGUCGUGGUCGUCGGCCUCGUCAGCAUCGGGCUCGGACGGCGGUGGCGCGCCGGCGGCAGCGACGGGCUGGUCGACGAGGACAAGCGCCGCGUGCCCACGGGGCCCAACCCGCUGCACAACAGAUGAGCACCGUUCCUCGCUACUACAGUAGCUUCUUAUUAAGCUGCGGCCAUUUCUACUGCUGCGCGUGUCUUGGCUCUUGGCCGGCCGGCCGGCGCGUCCAUUGCUGCCAUCACCGGCGGGGCGCGCGAUCUGAUCUCGCUCGCGUGGGCCCGUGCAUGGCGAGGGGGAGGAGAAGAAUGAGAAGGAGAAGAGUGGAGCGUGUAGUAUUUACUAUUCCCUUCUGCUUCCCUUUCUUCUCUUUUUCCCUGCUCUUUUUUCUUCUUUUCUGGAUUUCUUGUGGCUCUUUUCCCCCCCUUGUAUUGAUUGGCUUGCCAAAUGAACAGCAAGGCUAUUCUGUUGAUUGAAAGAGAUAGAGAUAUGAGUAUAGUGUUUCUUGUUUGA